GACUAAAAUGAGGUUAGCGUGGCAACUGAACCACGAGGAAUGAGUCGCAUCAAUGACUGCACACCAAAAUUUGGGCCCAAGACGAGGAAAUCCAGUUUCCCUUCAACCAGACUACUGAUCGAUAUUCCGCUCGACGGCAACGCUCUCAGGUUAACUCCAUUCGACCUGGCGCCACCUGUAAGGAGAUAUCGCCAACCAAUUUGACCUUUCUUCAAAUAGAUCUGCCGUCGAAGAAUAGGAUAAUUGACUUGUCACCGAGGGGCAAAAAUAAAAAGUUAUCUGAAAACUAGGAUACCAUACCCCGCGCAUCGAAGCAACAUGGCCGCCAACGGGGACAAAUUCGGAAACGAUGUCGAGUCGGAUUCCGACUCGGGCAAUGAGUCUCACACUCUCGACGCCCAAGACCAUUCCGACGACGAGAUCGCCGAGAAGCCGCUGAAGUCGGCGUUGAAGAAGACUGACGCCCCGACCCCGGUUCAACGGCCGCCCCUGCCCCCCCAGACCGACCCGAAAGAUCUCGAUGUCAGCCUCUUGUCGCCCUUGACUCCCGAAAUUAUUGCGAGGCAAGCAACUAUUAAUAUUGGAACUAUCGGCCACGUCGCUCACGGAAAGUCGACUGUCGUGAAAGCCAUCUCGGGCGUCCAGACGGUUCGAUUCAAGAACGAGCUGAUCAGGAACAUUACCAUCAAGCUGGGAUAUGCAAAUGCCAAGAUCUACCAGUGCGACAACAAGGACUGCCCGCGGCCGACCUGCUAUCGGAGUUACAAGAGUGAGAAGGAGGUCGAUCCCCCCUGUGAGCGGGAAGGAUGCGAAGGGACAUACCGACUCCUCCGCCACGUCUCGUUUGUUGACUGCCCAGGGCACGAUAUUCUCAUGAGCACCAUGUUGUCCGGAGCCGCGGUCAUGGACGCAGCGCUGCUGUUGAUCGCCGGAAACGAAUCAUGCCCCCAGCCUCAGACAUCUGAGCAUCUGGCUGCCAUCGAGAUCAUGAAGCUGGACAAGAUCAUCGUUCUGCAAAACAAGGUCGACUUGAUGAGAGAAGAGGCCGCAAAGCAACAUUACCAGUCGAUCCGCAAAUUCAUCCGAGGCACAGUCGCCGGUGAAUCCCCCAUCAUCCCUAUCUCUGCCCAGCUCAAAUUCAACAUCGACGCCAUCAACGAUGCGAUCGUCAACACCAUCCCCGUCCCCCCCAGAGACUUCUCCCGGGACCCGCACAUGAUCGUCAUUCGGUCGUUCGACGUCAACAAGCCGGGUGCCGAGGUUGACGAGCUGAAGGGUGGUGUUGCCGGUGGUAGUAUUCUACACGGUGUGGUGAAGCUCGGCGACGAGAUCGAGAUCCGGCCAGGAAUCGUUACCCGUGACGACAAGGGGGAGCUCAAGUGCAUGCCCAUCUUCAGCCGCAUAGUCUCUCUCAACUCCGAGGCCAACGACCUGAAGUAUGCCGUGCCCGGCGGUCUCAUCGGCGUCGGCACCCGCAUCGACCCUACCCUCUGCAGAGCAGAUCGUCUCGUCGGCUUCGUGCUCGGCCUCAAGGGCCGCCUACCCGAUAUCUACAGCGAGGUCGAGGUCAACUUCUACCUCCUCCGCCGCCUGCUCGGAGUCCGGACCGCCGACGGGAAGCAAGCCAAGGUCGAGAAGCUUGCCAAGAACGAGGUCAUCAUGGUCAACAUCGGGUCGACCUCGACCGGUGCCAAGAUCGCCGCCAUCAAGAAGGACGCCGCGAAGCUCAUCCUCACAAGCCCUGCGUGCACAAACAUCGGCGAGAAGGUCGCCUUGAGCAGGCGUAUCGAGAAGCAUUGGCGUCUCAUCGGAUGGGCCACAAUUGCAGCUGGCAGGACGUUGGAGCCCAGCACCUCCUAAGGGUUAGGACAACUAAUGCAUUAGGUUGAUAGUCGGUUCCUUGUAAGGUCAACGCGUGCCGAGGUAUUCUGUGCAGGCCGUUCGUUCAAACGAUGCCUAUCAAUGUCUGGAAGAUUGAGGCGAACUCGCAUGGCAGAUUCGGGGUGGGGAUGGGGUUGGCAUUCCGAAGAGGCAGAUUCAUGGGAACUGGCGACGGUAGAGAAAACUCGUUGGGCACUCAGACAGACAUGAUAUUAGUUUUCGAUUGGUCAUAGGUAGAUAAGUAGAUAUAUAUCUAUCUGCCUGCUGA